AUGGAGAGUAUGGAUGAUCGAAAUGUGAGGACAAAUAAGGAAUUGUUGGAAAUCAAGCAAGCCAUUGGUGGUAUGAACCAGAGAGACAAGGAAUUGGAUAACUGCAGAGGUGAAUCUUCUGCUGGAGGUGACAAUUCUAAAGAAUUGAGGCAGUUGAACACAAGCAGAGACAUUCAGACUGGAGUAACUGGUAAUUUUCUCACUCGAUGCUCUAGGUUAGAUUUCCCUAGAUUUUCUAGACAAGAUCUGAAAACAUGGUUGUAUAAGGUGGACCAAUUCUUUUCUAUGUAUGAAAUUCCUUAUAGUCAGAGGGUCAAGGUCACAUCAAUUCACUUAGAUGGGGAAGCUAUUGCUUGGCAGAGGUCAUAUAUAAAAGCUAGGAACACUGCUGUAGAUCCUACUUGGACAGAGUAUAUUUUAGCUUUGAAUGAAGCUGCUGACUGGGUGAAUUUGUCUAAUGAGAAUGCCAUCAGUUGUUUCUUAGGAGGGGUCAAACUUGAAUUGAACAAAUCAGUAAGGAUGCAGGCACGAAAGACCCUGAUGCAAGCUUACAAGUUGGCUAGAUUGCAAGAGGAAGUUUUUGAGGCACAAGCUCAGUCCUGGGGAAUUAGAUCUUCUGGAAAACAUCAGAAUCCCAUUUUACCAACUCCAAACUUCCAUAGAAAUCCGAAUGUACAGAGGCCCAUACCAGCUAAUACUAGUUACAGGAAACCUUUUGAUAAUUCUUAUAACAAACCUAGUGGAUUUCAGGGCAAUGCUAAUGGAAGGAAGCUCUUAACUGCAGCAGAGAUGGAUGAGAAAAGGGCCAAGGGAUUGUGCUUUCUUUGUGAUGAAAAGUAUGUAAGGGGGCAUGUGUGUAAGGCCAAGAAGCAGUUGUUGUUAGUAGAAUUGUGUGAAGAAGGAGAUGUAACUAUGGAAGAGGAUCUAGAACCAGAUCAGUUCCAGGACCAAGAAGCAAUUGAUAACAUUGCCAAUCCCGAGGAAUGUAUGACAAUUUCAUUGCAAGCCUUCACUGGUGUCACUGGGUACCAGACCAUUAGAGUCACUGGGUAUCAUGAGAAAAGACCAUUGCAGAUUCUUAUUGAUACAGGUAGUACCCACAAUUUUAUUGAUGAAGAAAUGGCAAGGCAGCUAGGAUGCAAGGCCAGCACAAUCAUGGAACAGUCUAUUAGUGUAGCUGAUGGGAGGAAGGUACAAACUGCUUCCAUUUGUAGGAAUUUGCAGUGGUUGUUACAGGGAACUAUAUUUUCUUCUGAUUUCCUAUUACUACCAUUAGGAAAUAUUGAUGUAGUAUUGGGGGUCCAAUGGUUGAAUACAUUGGGGAGAAUUCUCUUUGAUUUUAGCAAAAGAACCAUUGAGUUCAUGCACCAAGGGAAGAAGCAUGUGUCGAGAGGGGCAACUACUCAAGUCAAGACUACUAAGGCUAAAGUGUUGAAUAAAAAACCUGCAGAACAAGUACAAUUUUAUAUGUUGUCAGUGAACAUACCUGUUACCUUCCAGUGUAACCACAUCCAAGCUAUCACAGCCACAGGUGAUGACAUUCCAGUUGUUUUGGUUUCUUUAAUGGAACAAUACAAGUGUAUAUUUGAUAUUCCUACAGCAUUACCACCUCACAGAGGACCCUAUGAUCACAUAAUACCAAUCAUAGACAAUGCAACACCUAUUAGUAAGAGACCUUACAGGUUUCCUGGAGUGAAGAAGGAUAUUAUUAAGAAGUUGGUACAUGAGAUGCUAGAUCAAGGGGUUGUACAACACAGUACUAGUCCAUAUGCAUCCCCAGUUGUGUUAGUUGGAAAAAAGGAUGGUAGUUGGAGACUUUGUAUUGAUUACAGGGAUCUGAAUCAUUUAACAGUGAAGGAUAAAUUCCCAAUCCCUAUUAUUGAGGAUCUAUUGGAUGAGUUGGGGGGUGCUGAGGUGUUCUCUAAGAUUGAUCUUAGAGCUGGCUAUCACCAAUUGAGAAUGGCAGAAUCUGAUGUGCAUAAAACAGCCUUCAAAUUUCAUGAGGGUCACUAUGAGUUCUUGGUAAUGCCCUUUGGGUUAACCAAUGCUCCUUCAUCAUUCCAAAGUCUUAUGAAUUCAGUUUUCAAACCAUUACUCAGAAAAUCAGUGUUAGUUUUCUUUGAUGACAUUUUGGUUUAUAGCAGAACUAUGUCUGCUCAUGUGGAUCACUUAAGAACUGUGUUUGAGCUGAUGAAGCACUAUCAGUUGUAUGCUAAAGCAUCCAAGUGUGCUUUUGGGGUAACAGAAGUGGAGUACUUAGGACAUUUUAUCAGUGCUAAGGGAGUAGUAACUGAUCCUAAAAAGGUACGUGCAGUACAAGCCUGGGAACUGCCUACUACCAUCAAGGAACUCAGAGGUUUCCUUGGUCUAGCAGGGUACUUAGGAGGUUCAUCAAAGGAUUUGGAGCUAUAUGCAGACCUCUACAUGACUUACUUAAAACGGACAGUUUUGCUUGGACUGAAGAAGCUACUGCAGCUUUCCUUACUCUCAAAGAAGCCUUGGAGACUGCUCCUGUCUUGGCUCUGCCAAACUAUGUUGAACCUUUUGUUAUUGAGACAGAUGCAAGUGGUACAGGUAUUGGUGCUGUCCUAA